ACUGCGCAUGCGUGCGUCACCGCCGUUAUGGACGACUGUCGUCUUUUCUCCGUGAACUUCACGUUUCUCUUUCUACUCCGCUAACUCGCGGCUUACGAGGGUUAACAACACGUCCGCGUUGCUUCGCACCCCCGUAGCAGAAAGCAGACGUCCGCGAUGAGCGCCAACUCGGCCGCCCCGAGCGCUGCGGCCUGCGGCAUCAUGACGUUCACGCCCUCGGCGGAGGAGUUCCGAGACUUCCGCCGCUACGUGGCCUUCAUGGAGUCUCAGGGAGCGCACCGGGCCGGAAUGGCCAAGGUGAUCCCGCCCAAAGGCUGGAGGCCGCGGAAGACGUACGACGACACGGACGAGCUGGUCAUUCCCGCUCCCAUCCAGCAGGUGGUGACGGGCCAGUCGGGCCUCUUCACGCAGUACAACAUCCAGAAGAAGCCCAUGACCGUUCAAGAGUUCCGCAAGACCUCCAACAUGGACAAGUUCUGCCAUCCGCGCUACGUGGACUUUAACGAGCUGGAGCGGAAGUUCUGGAAAAAUCUGACGUUCAACCCUCCGCUCUACGGAGCUGAUGUCAGCGGGAGCCUGUACGACCCGGACGUGUGCGAGUGGAACAUCGGCCGCCUGGACACCAUCUUGGACACAGUGGAGCACGAGAGCGGCGUGAAGAUUAAAGGAGUCAACACGCCUUAUCUUUAUUUUGGCAUGUGGAAGGCCGCCUUUGCCUGGCACACAGAGGACAUGGACCUAUACAGCAUCAAUUACUUGCACUUUGGAGAGCCCAAGUCCUGGUAUGCUGUUCCGCCCGAACAUGGGAGGAGAUUGGAACGUCUUGCCAAGGGUUUCUUUCCCGGCAACGCUCAGAGCUGCGAGGCCUUCCUGCGCCACAAGAUGACCUUGAUCUCACCGUCCAUCCUCAAGAAGUACGGCAUUCCCUUCGAAAAGGUGACGCAGGAAGCGGGCCAGUUCGUCGUGACCUUCCCGUACAGCUACCACGCCGGAUUCAACCACGGCUUUAACUGCGCCGAGUCCACCAAUUUUGCCACGGAGCGGUGGAUCGACUACGGCAAACGAGCCACGCUGUGCUCGUGCCGCCAGGACAUGGUGAAGAUCUCCAUGGAUGUGUUCGUGCGUAAGUACCAGCCGGAGCGCUACAAGCUGUGGAAGGCCGGCAAGGACAACGCGCCCAUCGACCACUCCAAGCCCACGCCCGAAGCCGCCCUCUUCCAGAAGGAGAGCGGCCCGCCCGCUGACAACGCCGAUUGCGACCGCCCCCCCGCCGGCGGCCCUAAAGCUCAGACGGCCGCCAAGCGACCGCUCGACGCCUCCGAGGACACCGAGGCCGAGUUGGCCGAAGAGGAGGCGGAGCCAAAGAAGGCCAAGAUGGAGUCUCCCGCCCGAGUCGAGGCAGACACGCAUGAUCAGACAGUCAAAUUGGAGAUUGAGUCUCAGGAAGAAAAAGAAGACCAAGAGGAAGAAAAGCCUGGCAGCCAGGAAAUUUUAUCAAGAGCAGAGGAGGAGGAGGCAGAGCCUCCGGCGAACCACACGCCCGAGCCCCCAGAAGGCCAGGUGGCGGCGCCGUGCUCGGCGGAGGCGGGCGGCGACAGGGAGGAGCCCAAGCUGGACGGCGUGUCUCCACAGAAGGUCUUCCAGAGGACGCUGAGCCCCGCCGACGUCCUGCACGUGCACAGUUACGCCAAAGGAGACUACGCCGAGGAAGAGGCCGCGCCCAGAGACGAACGUAAGGAGGAAGACGGCAGCGGGGGCGACCGCGACGACGACGACGCAUACGUCAACAAACAGGGGCCAGAAGAGGCCACCAAGCAGAGUGAUCUGGGUCAGCUGCCGGGACACCACCCGCUCAUCAAGGACAUCCUCAGCGAUGAAGAGGCUCCAGAGGAGGCGUCCCCCGUGAAGGAGGCGGGUCCGGAGGGAGAAGGCUGGGCCAAACCUCUGGCCCACCUUUGGCAGAGCCGACCGCCCAACAUGAAGAGGGAGCGCGAGUACAACCAGAGGGCGGGCGCCAAGCCGCCGUACUGCUCCAUAUGCUCGCUGUUUGUCGCCUACCGGCAGACGGAGGGCGCCAGCGGCGCCAACGCUCCCGUGGUGGUGGCGGGCGGGCGCAUGCGCACCAAGCCGCUGAUCCCGGAGACGUGCUUCGCCACCACCACCGAGGAAGACUCUGAGCGCCGGGAGCCGCCGGCGACGCCCCGCCUGGAGGAGGACGGGACCAGCCUCCUGGUCAGCUGCUCACAGUGCAGCGUCCGCGUUCACGCCAGCUGUUACGGCGUCGAUCCCGCCAGCGUCAAGAAGGAGUGGAAGUGCGCCCGCUGCAAAGCCAACGCCUUGACGGAGAACUGCUGCUUGUGCUGUCUGCGGGGCGGCGCGUUGCAGAAGGCCAACAACAACAAGUGGGUGCACGUGCUGUGCGCCGUGGCCGUGCUGGAGGCUCGCUUCGUUAACGUCACGGAGAGAAGUCCCGUGGAUCUGAGCGGCAUCCCUCUGCAGAGAUUCAAACUGAAGUGUUACUACUGCAAGAAGCGUUUGAAGAAGGCGUCCGGCUGCUGCGUGCAGUGCUCGCACGGGCGCUGCCCCACCGCCUACCACCCGACGUGCGCGCAGGCCGCCGGCGUGCUCAUGCAGCCCGACGAGUGGCCCUUCGUGGUGCACGUCACCUGCUGUCGACACAAAGGACCCGCGCAGAUCGAGCGCAACAAGGCGGCCAUGCAGGACCUGACGGUGGGCCAGAAGGUGAUCUGCAAGCACAAGAACGGCCGCUACUACCAGUGCGACGUGGUGCAGCUCUCCAAGGAAACCUUCUACGAGGUCAACUUCGACGACGGCUCCUUCAGCGACAACCUCUUCCCCGAGGACAUCGUGAGCCGAGAUUGCGCCCAGCUGGGCCCGCCCCCGCAGGGUGAAGUGGUGCAGGUGCGCUGGACGGACGGCCUGGUGUACGGCGCCAAGUUUGUGGCGUCGCGCGUCGUCCAAAUGUACCUGGUGGAGUUUGAGGACGGCUCGCAGCUGACGACCAAGCGAGACGACGUCUACUCGCUGGACGAGGAGCUGCCCAAGAGGGUCAAGUCCAGACUGUCCAAAGCGUCGGACAUGCGCUUCGACGGCAUCUUCGAGGGCAAGGAGAUCAUCCGCGAGUCCAAGAGGCAACGGGUCAUCAACUCGCGUUACCGUGGCGACUACAUCGAACCGGUCAUCUACAGAGCCAUCAUGGAGUAGCCCAGCAGGAGGGCGACCGCUCCCGCCGUCAGGACCACUCUGGACUUUUGGAUUUUUAUUAUUAUUGUUGACUUUUUAUAUUCUUCCCUAACAGAGAUAAGGGCAGUAUUUUCAUUCCCCCUGCCAGACAGCGACGAGAAGAAAAUGAGUGGCAAAGUAUUUCAUUUCAUUUAGCGCACAUUUAUUUCCGGGAAUGUGUCUUCGCGCCGUUCGAUGCCUGCGACAUCGUAAACCUACGGACUUGGGAACCAAUCAUUUCAUUGUGGCCACGAUCUAGACAUAUGCUUAUGUAGCAACUCGGACCUUUGGGUACGCAAAUGGAACGCACCUUCGCAAGGAACUGCUAUACGGCGAUCCGUUCUAGUUCCAGAGAAGGUGUGCUCCAUUUGCUGACCCGACCGCCCAGGAAUGACAAUAAAACAGUUCAUGAAUCUGUUCCAGCCCCCCAAAAAUCCCACCAGCGUUCUACCCAAUGACUGCCAGCCGUUUUCAAAGCGGGGUCCCGCGUGUAGCCGGUCGCUUUAGAGCAUAUCCCUCAUAGUCGACGUGACAAGUCGAUAUUCACCUCCAAUCUAUAUAUUCUAUCCAUCUGUCCACUUUCAACGCCGCUUAUCGCGAGCCUAUCCCAGCUGACUGCGGGCGGGAGGCGGGAUACACCCCGAACCGGUCGCCAGUCAGUCGUAGGGCACAUAUAGACACGGACAACUGAGUGGGAACUGGACCCGCGCAGCCCGCACCGAAGUCAGGCGAGUGGACCGCUACACCAUCAGUGACUCGCUUUAUACUUUCUACUCAAUCUAAAAUGGAAAGCGAUGCGGCACUGCCAUCUGCAGGGAUCUGUUCGUCAUUACAAUGCUUUACAAGCCUGAAUUUCCUAGACCAGCUGGGCGAGACCCUCUUCCACCUCUUCCCACCACUUGCAAAUUAGACUUGACGACUGCACGUCAGUGACAAUAAACAGUUGAUUUCCAGCUGACUAAAAUAAAAAGUCCACAGCAGUGAAUGAGUUCAGCAAGAAAAAUAGCACCGUGUUGUCAAAUAUGAAAACAUAAUGACAUCGAAUGUAAAGAAAUAAACUUGUUUUAUAAAGUGUAAUGUAGCCAAAAGUCACAAACACACACUGUCGUACGUGUGUGUGUUGUGCCUUGAAACGGUGUGGCCUAGAGAGUGCCUCGUUGCGCUCUCUCUCGCUCCCUCCCUCCCGCAUGGCAGCUCCAGCAGCAGCCGGGCUUAAGGGCUUACCUAACCAGCGAGAGCUCAGUGGACGCCGGUUUUCAUUUUUUCACAGCCUUACUGAGGGCUAAUUUACUACAAAAAAAUAAUCAUGGAAAUAUCAAAUCGUAACUUGGGGUACUCAAAAGUAGAGUUACCACUGUAUUAUUAAUUUAUGUUUUUUGUGCACUUCAUACCUAAUCCGUGGCCACAAAAUACUAAUUUGAAAAACCGCCAAAUCAGCAUUUUGUGCGCACGUUUUAUCUCGAUUGUGGCCAGAAUUUGAAUGAUAUUUUUCCCACGUCACGUUUGGGCCUUCGUCGACACCAGCUCACAUGCGACUGCAUUUCGCGUUUUGGGUUGCGCACACUUACACGCACAAAACCCACAAAUUAGUAUAUUCUAUGAACCAACAUUUUUCUGGGAAAAUUGUGAUUUAAAAAAAAAAACAAAACAAAACAUUUUUAACCAGAACUCGGUGCUUUUCAACACCUUUUAUCAGACAAAACCCGUCAAUUAUGUUUUGCUCAUUAGCAUGUUAGCUUUGCUGCCUGCCUAUUCUCAUGGAUAAAUAAAAAAAAAAAAAUAUAUAUAUAUAUAUAUAUAUAUUGGCUUCAAACAAAUAUAUAUAGCGAUAAUAUAUAACAUUCAACGAAAGCAACUCCGCUGGUAGCGAGGCAAUGUAGCACACAUGCUAGGCUAAGCUAUGCUAAUGUAACGCCACGUGUCAUUCCGGGGUUUUUUUUUUUCGGAAGGCGCCACAAAUGCUAUUUUUUCUACCACAGAGAGAAACAUUUUUAAAAAGAUUUGACUUUUUAAUGUCGUCCCACUUUGUAAUUUAAGUUCAAAGCGCUUUUAGUGAGGCAGCUUGUGUAGUUUUGGCAGAGCGUAAGAAUAUUUGCAAAUAUUUUUUUCGUCUUUUGUAAAAGUUGUUUGUCAGUUUGUGUUUUGUGUGUAAAUGUCAAGAUGCUCUUCCAGAUAUUCAAGGGUUUUGUAAAAGUUUUGUUUCAGUAAAAAAAAAAAAAAAAAAAAAAAAAAAA